GUGAUAAGUGUUCUCUAUUUACAGAUGAACUUGACUCCUUUAUCUUCUGCUGUCAUUACAAAACAUUGAUAUUUCUGUUAUAAAAAUUUCUAGAGAUGAGUAUCUCAGAACCUCAAGGUAGUGUUGUCAGUAACGUCAAAGAUAAGAACUUGGAGAAAGUGUGUUCUUUGGUCCGUGGUAGGUCCAGAUCUUCCUCCAGAUGCCGAGUACUCCCUGGUAGAAGGCUAACUGACAACAUCACGCGCUCCGUGUCUGCAUUGGAAUGUGAUGGCAAAGAUGAUAUUAUUGAGCCCUUGCGCAAACGUAUCAAGUAUGAAGUUACAGAUUCACCAACAAAAAUGAUGCCUGCUUCUACCAGUUCUUUGAGUGUUAGAAUAUGCAGUUUUUUCUUCAGUAUGCUGUGCUUCAUAGCUGCACUGAUGGCUGUGCUCCUGUUGAUAAUAUUCCUUCUGUCGUUCAGCUUUCUAUGGAUGCAAUCACGUUGCGAGUUUUUACACCAUUUAAAAUAUGACUUGGAAGCUAUAAGACAUUCUUAUGAUGAUGCAAUCAUCAGUCAGCCUCUUGCUAUUAAUGAAAUUAUGUCUAUUUUGAGUAGUUUCCAUUCAGAGGCUUUUGAGGAGCCGCGCGUUGUGUGGUUUGUUGGCUGGACUGGUGUGGGUAAGUCGAAGUCAUUGCGCCUACUGGAGCAUCUCGUAAAAGUCCAAUCUUCGGUGCAUUAUUUAAUACCUACUUUGCUGCCAACUGGUGAUGAAGCACAGGAAAAAUUCAUAGCUCAGACGGUGUCGGAGUUAAAUUCAUGUCUUAGGAAUAUAGUGAUAGUUGAUGGCUGGGAUGAAAAGGAAGACGAGCGAGUUAUUAGCUUCGUUUCAGGGCUUCUAGCUCGAGUGAAGGAAGAAGCUAAAGAGAUGCCGUACCUGAACCAGCUUUUGGUUAUCAUCGCAGGUACGAGGGGUGGAAAUGUUCUUAACCGCGAGUAUUUAUCUCUCAGAACUACCGGUCAAAAGAGGAGUGAGAUAACCCUGCAGGUGCUGAGUGAAGUCUUGUCACAAACACAAGAAUAUAAAAAUAUUGAGACUCUUGGCUCGGCCACUGUCGUCCCUUACCUGCCACUAGAGGUGGAGCAUGUAACCGAGUGUGUGCGCCGAGAGUUAAUGUCUGCAGUCGAGAACAAUCCCUACAUUAUAACUAAUGAAGGAAAGGGGUUUCAUGAGGGGGCACACGAAUCUAUUGUGCGUGGUGUCUUGGAACAUCUUCCGUUUGUGCCAAGCAAAAAUCCUCUUCUAUCAUCAACUGGAUGCAAGAAAGUGUUUCCUUUGCUUAAACUUGUAUUAGGUGGAGUAUGAUUUAGAUAGCUGAAAUUUACUGUUGAAGAUGUCCACGAGUAUUUUAGCAUUUGACUUGUUCGUUUAUAGUUGCGAAACAUAAUUUUUGAGUGUGGCUGUUCUCAAACUGAUGUCUUAUCAUAACUACCUUAUGUAUGUUGUAAGUAUGAGAGAACAUUUAAGAAGCUGUGAUAUGUUGCAUACAUUGUAUAAUAUGUUGCAGCUGCUACUGUUGCCGCACCAGUAGCAGCUAGCUUGCUACUGUGCCUUUUCAUCAAACAAAGAACUGUUAUAUGUACUUUCAGGUAAGGAAAUAUUCAUUGGACGCAUCAAGUUUCCUUGUCGGCUAAAAAAGUUGCUAGUGCCUAUUUUAUUAUUUACGACCAUUGCUCAGAAUACGUGUGAUCGUCAGGUGUUAGCAUUAUUGAAUCGCCCUCACCCAAAUAAUGUCGACUUAAAUAUAUGUCGUUGUGCGAGUAGUUUAUAUAUCAUCAAAAUAACGAACCUCAAGAUUUUAUGUGCUGAAACGGGCCCUCGGCUGCACUGCAAGUCAAGAUUCUGGUCUUUAAAUCGAAUCUGUAAUAUAUGUUAGGAAAUCUCGUUUCGAUGCGCCAAUUAGUUAUAAGAGCUGAAAUUUAUCUAGCCAAGACUGAAUAUUAGUCACCAAAUUGAUGUACAUGAUGAAAAUUCAGUACUGAAAAAGUUAUAUUUAUCCAAUAGUUGAUUGUAUUGUGCAAUGCCUCUGCGACGUGG